AUGGGGAUGUCUGGCUACUGGCGGGGCUAUUCAAGCAGUGUGGAUGGGUGGUUUGUGUCACCACCAGGAGCAGAAGAGGCAGCAUCUCAGAACCAUCACAACGGACUCGGGCCCUCCAGAAGGCCCUAUAGCCCGAGCCUGCCGACGUUGUUCGCCGUGGAUUUGUGUUUCGCCGCCGCUGGCCCGCCGGUGACGACCCUAAUUCCCCGCUCCAUCUCCGGCCGGCUCGUCCACCUGCUGGCUCGCCGCGGCCGUCUCUCGCCACGGGGCAAAUCGCCGAGCAAUCAGUACCCUCCAGCCCCGCGGAGCCGCUCGGAAGCGGUGGUGGCUAGCGGCGAGUACGGGACCCCGGAAGUGAUUGCUUCCCACGGUGUAGCGGAGGUCGGCGACGCGGGCACGCGGCCGCGGGCGCCCAUGAGGGAAAGAGGCGGUGUUGUUAUCUUCGGCGGCCGCGAAGAGCAGGCCCAGAGGAGGACCAAGGUAUUGAUUAGAUCCUGAAUCGCCUCCGGUGUUCGAGGAAAUUUCUACUAGCCUUCAAGCUCAUGGUAGCAAUGGUAGCUGCCUGCCUCAGGCCUUAGUACCAAUGCCUUUUACCGGUAGGAAUCUGAAACACAAAAAUCAUCGGACACCCAAGCUAUUCCUUUUCUGGUAGGUGACAUAUGGACGCUAGGAUGUGGUUGAUUCUACGGAGGUCAUGCAUACAUUGAAUAUGUUCUACGAUACAAUGCCGAAUUUCGUUGUGCUUGUUAUAUCUGAAAGUACUGUAGUACAUGCCACCUUAGCGAGUUGCAAAUCAUUGUAUGCAUUUUUGGAUUCACAAGGGAUUAUGAGCUCGAAGAGUUUUUAAUCGCUGUUGGAUUUUUCGAAUCCACAAGGCUUAUCUCCUCAGAUCUGGUAGAAGUUGCACUUUGUACAUCCAUAUUGUGAGCAGAACUUUCACUGGGAUGAGAGAUAAGCGCAUAGGUCAAAUUAUUGC